GAAAUAUUUUUCUUUUCGGAAGAAGAUCCCGACAAAGCGGCCCUAUUUCUUUUCAGCCAGAAAAAGUCGAAGAAUCCGAAAACCGACGAUGUACGCCAGGACUAAUACCGGCAGCACACACGGAGACUUUCAAGAUAGAAACGGAGUGAAUUAUGUGACAUCGACAGAGUCUUUCGGCCACUGCUCUCAAUUGUUCUGGAAAAAGGAUCCCAACGACUCCGGACCAAGUUCGACCAUCAGCUGGUGUGAUCAGCUCCCUUCGUCCUCAGCAGCACUCUCUAGUUCCAGUCUCUCCUCAGCGUCACUCUCCAGCUCCAGUCUCUCCAUGGAGUCCCGAGCGCCAGCACCUACACAAGCACCAGCGACAACAGUGUCAGAUGACAUGGAAUCAGAUGAGAGGCCAUACGUCUGUGACCUGUGCACCUGCGCCUACAAGCAUGCGAGCUCCCUGCUCAACCACAAGCUCACCCACAAGACUGGAGACUUCAGGUGCGACUUUUGCAGCAAGCCCUACACCAACUACAUGUCCCUGCGCAACCAUAUGCGAAUCCACGGUCAGAAGCGCUACAUGUGUGACCUGUGCGGGAAGGCCUUCCGUCUGGCCCGGUACCUCCGUAAUCACCAGAGGAUCCACGAUGACGGGCCCAACCGCUUCGACUGUCCCUCCUGCUGCAAGAGCUACAGGACCAUGCUGGAGCUGGCCCAGCACCGCUGUACUGCUGCUGCAUCCAACCAGAACCGGUUCAACUGCCCGUCCUGCUUUAAGAGCUACAGAACCAUGCUGGACCUGGCCCAGCACCGCUGCAGCGCCGCGGCCAAAAACCAGUCUGGUGGUCGUCGUUCCAAUUUUGCCGCCACUCCUCGCCGUCAGCAGCAGCAACAGCAACAGCAACAGCAGAACAGUGCCAACUCCAUGAUGCAACCGCAGCAUGGAGGACACGGCCAGCAAGAACCUCUGCCCUCCCACUGCGUCUCCCCCAUGUCCCAGGGAGGGCAGGGUGGCGUGACCAGCCAGUCUGUGCCUGACCCCCACCAGCAGGGCCGUCCCAGCUCAGUGUCCUCCCAGAGCAGCCAGCAGAGCAUGAGGAGCUCAUCCUCCAACAAACACAUCUCCUCCUCCAGUGCCACCCCGUCCUCCUCCUACUCCCUGCUCCAGCCCCUGGUGCCUGAGGUAAAGGAGUUGAGCUCGGGAUACACUAGGCUGAGCGCCAACCCCAUGCCAAAGCACCAGGACACUUUCUCCCUGGCCCCCCAGCGGCCCCUCACCACCAUCAACCCCAUCGGCCACUCUCUCCAUCCGAAUGGAGCACCCACGCUCAAGCCUUCCCCAGUGCCACGCACCAUCCAGGCCAUGCCCUGGGAGCAGCGCUCUCUCUACAAUCAAUGAGACCCCUGGGAACCAGCCGCCCCCCCUUCACGUCGCGUCCAGCACCACCCCCACACACCCUCCUCAUCUCCCCACCCCUUUCGGACCCAGCAUCAAGGAGGGAGGACUUUGGACGCCCCUCCGACCUCUUACCCUCCUCUGGAACGUUGUGUUUGGGAACAGGGAUGGGCACCAUUGAGAACUAGCUGAGAUUGAUAACUGAGUAGUUAGUUUUAAAAAAAAAUGUGUUGCCUUGACCCUCAUGUAUGAUGUAUGCCAUGUACUGGAUAUAAGUUAAAAUGUCUGCCCCCUGAUCUGUCCUCUCACCAAGAAUUUAUCUGCCCAUCCUCCUCUUCCACUCUAAUUAUGAAAAUAUCUAUCCUUCCCAUUAUGAAUAGUGUGUCUCUCUCUGCCCCGCCCUUUAUCUAUAUGUUGAAUGAAACAGAAGGCUAUUUUUAUCAAGAGUAUGUUCCAGACUUUGAACAACGAGGGAUGCUAGGGAGCUGCAUUGUCAAAGUAAAUGUGACAGAAUUCACCCUUCAGUCUGAUAUGUUCUUGAACAUAAGGCCCAACUUUUUAGUGAAAUGAGGCCUCUGAAAGGAGAAAGGGAUACUUUCUUUUUCUUCUUCGUCGUCUUUUUUUUUUUUUACGUACCCCUUCAACGUGCUCCAGAAUGAAGUUUGUGUAUAGUGUGUGUUAGGAGGUGUCAUGACUAUUUCUGAAAGGCGUUUUUCAUUCUCCCUGAUGUCACAGUACCCACACCUCUCAACUCCAAGCAUCAUCAGCAAGGAACACAACGUAUGCAGCCCAGCUGACUGUUGUUCUGCACAACAUGUUGACAUGUACCUGCCAGUUUGGCUUCUCUGUGUUGAGAAGACGGGAACCCUGCUGUUGGUAAGGACCUCAAUGUUACCAGCAGCCACCACCACAGACAUUGACAGUUUGGAGUGGUUACCUUCUUUAACACACAACUGAAAGCUCACUUUUUUUCUAAACUUGCAUCUGACUGGUGGCUUGUUGUUAUUGUAGUUUCAAUAAUCUCUUGGCUGGGAAUCAAAUCUAUAAGAUAACAGUACAAGUCUCUGUCUCUUUUGUUCCAAACUCACUGGUAACAUUUUUGUUCCUUUCACUUUAAAGCACUUUAAGAAAAGUGCUGUAUAAUUCUUACUGUCUCUGCCACCCACCCCCACCCUUUAUCAAGAGCUGUGUUGGCUGUGAAGAUGUAAUAUUGCCUUACAUCAACCCCUCAUCAUUACUCACUCACAUGAUCAACAGUGACUUAUCAGCAGUAUUGGGCUGGUUUGAGCCCAUGUCAUGGCUGGAAGCUACAGUGGCCAAAGUACAGUACAUGUGCAGCUCUGGACACCUCCACCCCCACCACAGCUCCAACACGCCCUGCUAUUGGGAGAAGUUUGCCUUCAGGGCUUUCUGCCAGAAAGCCUGUUCUUGGUUAGAUUUAAGAAAAAGAUCAUGGUUUAACUUAUAGUCUUAAGGCAAACUUCUCCCAUGUGCACACUCCCUUCAGUGUUGCUUUUCCUUCAGAAAAUGUCAUGGCUCCGUCUCACUGCUCGCAGGAUGAAUUUAGUUAACACCUACCUGCAGGGUGUUUCAAUAAGGAGCCAAUCACAAUUCGCCAGAUAACCCCAGAUAAACACAAAAAAAGACCAAGUGAAUUUUGUAAACCUCAAUUUGAAUAAUAGUUUAAUCACGGUUCCAAUAUGUUCUGUUACAGUAUCUUGCUAACUUGGUGUUCAUUGAAAUACCCACAGUUCUACUGACAUUGUAUUUUUCUCUUUUUAAAGUUGUUUCUAUUUUUAUUCAUGACAUGUUUUCAUUGUUGCUUUCUCUCUCCUUGUAAAGUGUCUUUGAGUAUUUAGAAAAGUGCUAUACAAAUAAAAUGUUUUAUUAUUAUCA